AUGCUUCCAAUAGAAAAAGAAAAUUCAAGAGUUGCUACAACUAAACCAUUAGAUGAACUUUUUACUAAUGUCGGUCAAAAGUUUGAGACAGAGACCGUAAAGCAUGAAGGCUAUCGUUUUGACUACCCAUUAAGAUGGCUAAGAGACCCAUCUGUCACAAAAGCUAUUGGCUUUCGUAGAAUGAAGUUCAUUUCAGAAGCCAUACAUGGUUUCCCAUUUACGGUCGGUUUUGAAGUUCGAUACUAUAACAAAGAAAAACGUAUGUAUGAGAAAUUUGAACAGGGAAAACUUUUACAAGUUAGUUUGCUUGUAAACUUAGAAACAACUCUUCAAGCUUUUCAAGAAAAAAUAAACGAUAUCUAUAUCGAAUAUGCAAACCAGUAUAACAUUGACGAAGGAGAGUACCAUCUCGAUAUUAUUUAUGACAGGAAAAAUGCAACUGUUAAAAUCAAUAGAAUAGAAGACCUUGGAGAAAAC